AUGUUCCUAUCGAAUGGGGGAAUUAUCGAGAACUUGGGACACCCACAGGGCAUUCUAUUCCUGGAAGUGGCGUUGACCGAGAAUUGGCUGAUUUUCGUCACGCGAGAGGCCCAUACAUGGCCUUCCUGGCAGCCGGUGGGCGCCAUCCUAGGAGUGGACAUCAUCGCCACCCUCUUCUGUGUGUUUGGGUGGCUCACGGGGGGCGCAUUUGAGCAGACGAACCCUUCCGACCCGGCCACUUUCUCUGAGGGCCCAACGAGCAUCGUGACGGUGAUCGUAGUGUGGGGGUUUUCGAUCGGGGUGAUCAUCUUCAUCGCCACCGUUUAUUAUCUUCUCUCGCGGAUUACAUGGCUACAGAACCUCGGACGGGCCUCUCGUUCCAAAGAAGAGAUGAAGAUGGAGCAAUUCCUCGAGCAGCUAUUCAAGCUUACGGUGGAACGAGAGAAGGAUCCUCAGUUUGAGAAUCCGCGGUAUGUUCUGAAGACUCGAACGGAGGAUUUCGAUGCGGACGAUUAG